UGGCGUCACUGCGCGGCAUUUUCCGCUCUCUUUGACAUUUUUCGUCCAAAAGUGUUUGAACGUGUUUUUUGAAUUUUCCGCAGUUUCCAACAAGUGAAAGCUUUGAACCCAUUUUCAUCCCGUUUUGGGUACAUAACUAUCCCCAAUUCACGUUAUCUCUCAGCGAAAACACUCCACAUUGCUUAAACCAAACCGGUCUAAACUUUGGCUGAUUUUUUCUCUUUCGGAAAAAAACUACCAUCAUGUAUGACGAUUGGAAUGAAAGCCCUGUUCAAACGCAGGUUUUCACGAAUAGUAGCGACUACUCAAACUGGCGUGACAAUUCACAGCCACGCCGCCCCCGAGAUGAUAGGAGAAAUAACGGUUACAGAGGGGGGAAUCGCGGCCCCCGACGUGGGGGCAACGACGAUGUGACAACAAUUAAAGUACCAUCGAAGUUUGUUGGGAGGAUUAUAGGAAGAGGCGGAUCGAAAGUCAAUGAUUUGCAGUUUGAAUCUGGAGCAAAAAUUAAUAUUACCAAAGAGACAGAAGGGGAUGAAACUUUUAUUAAGCUUUCGGGAAGUAAUGACGCUGUCUCAAAGGCGGAAAGUUUGAUUCGGGAGUUGACAAUUGAAAGGGAGAGUUACGUGAGGGAGGUAAAGGAGGAAGAGCCUCCGCCCCAGGACGAAACCCAAGAGGAACCCAAAAUAGUUGAUUGGAGGUCUGUGUUUGCCAAGUGUGACGAGAUGGAAGCUGAAAAGUGGGCUGCACUGCCCCCGAUCAAAAAAGAAUUUUAUUUCGAGCAUCCUGAAGUUGCUUCCAUGUCUGAAGAAGAAAUAGAAGCCUUCCGUCUUGAAAGUAACAACAUCGUAGUCGAAAGGACUUUUAAAAACGAGGAUAGUAAGCCUAUUCCUAAACCAGUUGUAACUUUUGAACAAGCGUUUCACAAAUACCCUGAUAUUUUGAAAGAAAUCGAAAAAGCCGGGUUUACCACACCCUCGCCGAUUCAGAGCCAGGCGUGGCCGGUUUUACUGAGUGGGGAAGACUUGAUCGGAAUCGCUCAAACCGGAACCGGAAAAACUUUAGCAUUUUUGUUACCUGCAUUGAUUCAUAUUGAAGGCCAAAAUAUCGAUAGGUCGAAACGUGGAGGCCCUGCAGUCUUAGUCAUGGCCCCCACUCGAGAACUCGCCCUUCAAAUCGAUAAAGAAGUGAAAAAAUAUGAAUACAAAGGGAUCACAGCGGUUUGCAUCUACGGGGGCGGUAACCGUCGGGAACAAAUCAAAGUGCUUACUGAUGGAGUCGAUAUAGUUAUCGCAACGCCCGGCAGACUCAACGAUUUGGCUGAGGCUGGCCAUUUAGAGGUCAAAUAUGUCACAUACGUGGUCCUCGAUGAGGCUGACCGUAUGUUAGACAUGGGAUUUGAGCCUCAAAUACGUAAAGUGAUGUAUAGUAUAAGACCUACAAGACAGACUGUGAUGACAAGUGCCACAUGGCCCCCAGGAGUUCGGAGGUUGGCUCAGUCCUACAUGGUUGACCCUAUACAGAUUUAUGUGGGGACUCUAGACCUAGCCGCGACUCAUACUGUAACUCAAAUUAUCGAAAUGAUGCCUGACGAUGACGAAGAGAAGUUUAGAACGUUUAUGAAUUUCGCCACGAAUUUGGACCCGUCUGAAAAAGUAAUCGCUUUCUGUGGAAAAAAGGCACGCGCUGAUGAAUUGUCGACGGAAUUGACUUUAGCAGGUUUACAGUGUCAGACAAUACACGGCGAUCGCGAUCAAAGUGAUCGGGAGCAAGCUCUACUCGAUAUUGCUGAUGGCACUGUUCAAAUACUCAUAGCGACUGAUGUCGCUUCACGAGGUUUAGAUAUAGAUGAUAUAACUCACGUUAUCAAUUACGACUUUCCGAGGAAUAUAGAAGAGUAUGUGCAUAGAGUUGGCAGGACUGGCCGUGCCGGAAAGUCCGGGAAGUCGAUUAGUUAUUUCACGCGAGGCGAUUGGGGCCAAGCUAAGGAGCUAAUUGCUAUUUUAGAAGAAGCUCAACAGUACGUACCGGAGGAAUUGUACAAAAUGGCAGAUCGUUAUUCCACCUGGAAGGAAAAAAAAGACGCUUCGCGGCCUUCUGGUCGUGGCCGUGGUGGAGGCAGGCGUUGGUAACUUGAUUAAGAAUCUCUUUUUUAUAUAGAAUUACUUUCCUGUAUUUUUGUUUUGACAUUGACGUAUUAAAGUUUUGAUGAUGUCAUU